AUGUGCUUGGAGCUUGAUCUCUUGCAAGACGGACGGUUGGAUGCGUGUGAUUGGUGUGGGGAAUCCCAAUGGCGGAUUGAAGCCAAGCGAGACCAUGCAUCGUAUCGCUGCAAAACCAAGAACUGUCGCUGCUCCAAAUCAGCGCUUUCGAACGACCACGACUUAUUCAACAAGAAGUGCGCUUUGCGGUCCAUGAUAGGUGUGCUUUGGUUGUUCCUGUGUCCGAUCAAUGUUAGCCCUGAUCAAGCUGGACUUAUUUUGGGUCUGGGUCACAGAACUGUAAGAGAUGUGUUUUCCAAUUUCAGAGCUUGGCUGACACCUAUCGUGGAUCGUUUGAAUGAAGAGUUGGUCGUUGGAUCAGCUGGAGCAGACAUCGAGUUGGACGAGCUUAGCUUCCGGAGCAAGCCGCUCGAAGACAAAGUCUUAUGGAUCCGCUACAUUGGCAUUCCAAGGUGUUUCUGCAGCAGCUGCCGCGAAGGCUCACAGCUUCUGGACAAGGUGGAGGGGGUGUUCGCAGAAAUGCGGAAGACUGAGCGUGCUUCUCUGGGAUCUGUUUCUUGGGAGACCUUCAAGCAGUUUGCCAAACAACCUGCAGCGCAAGAGGUGCUGCAGCAGCCUGCAGAUCUUGUCGAAGGGCCUGAGCUAGAAGCUGAGCCUGUAGCAGCUGUAGCAGAUGUGGAGCCUUUGCUAGAUGAUCUUGACCAGGCAAGUGUUCAGAGCGAGCUUUUUGAUCCGGAUGAUGAGGAUGCUGACUUGGAAGUGGUCGGCGUCCGACAGCUCAACUAA